UAACAUUGAAUAUUAACUAUUAUACGAUGUGCUUAACAUUGAAUAUUAACUAGUAUACGGUGUACUUAACAUUGAGUAUUAACUAGUAUACGGUGUGCUUAACAUUGAAUAUUAACUAGUAUGGUGUGCUAAUUACAAGUCGAAUAUUAACUAGUAUAUGAUGUGCUGAUUACAAGUCGAAUAUUAACUAGUAUAUGAUGUGCUAAUUACAAGUCGAAUAUUAACUAGUAUAUGAUGUGCUGAUUACAAGUCGAAUAUUAACUAGUAUAUGCUGUGCCGAUUUAACUCUGUAUACCUUGUGCUGAUCUAAAAAUUCAACAUUGGACACAAACAACAAUUAAUAUAUUUUGAAUGUGUGAUAACCAUGCAAUUAGAAUAAUCUAAUUACAAAUAUAUCAGGAAUAAAAGAUAAAAGGCCAGCGUGUAUAUCGGAAACAUGUAUAAUACGAUCAAGUAUUUAUUACUUCUAACAACAGAUAUAUGGCAAAUCCUAAAUAAUACUGUAUGGGAGUGGCAAUUGUAAUGAAGAGAAAUGAAAAUCAAAUGGAGGAUAAUGAAGAUUGUUUGUUAUUGUUGAUUGUCAGACCAUUUAUGGUUGCUAUAGACAACCAGGAUCACCAUGUUCACAACAUACUUUAACCUGUCCAGAUGAUCAGGUUAUAGCAGUAAAUGACAACGGUAAUACUUACAUUGCAUAUGGCAGAAAUCCCGGGGAAGCAUGCCCUCAAGAUAAGAUGGAGAUAUGUAAUGCAACAUGCUGUAGACACCAACACCUUAAUGAAUAUGUUAGGGUUAACCAGUCAUAUCGUUUAUCAGUUUAUAGAAACUGUUCAAAUCAACCAACUUGUACCGUCACAUCUCCUUACAGUCCUAAUACCAGUUAUGAUUAUAUGCGUUAUCCAUACUUCUGUGUUCCAGAUAAUCAGUCGCACAACAUCCUGGAAAUCACAGAUGUAAAUAUUCAAGAUGCAGCUUUUUUAUAUUACUCUGGUAAAGCCAAAACUACGAGUACAACAAUUACUAGAUGUUGUAAUAUAGCAAGUACUGAACCAUUACUGGUAGAAAGUAUCUACAUUGAUCUGACAGAAGAAUCAAGUUACAACGUGAAGAUUUAUUCAGAGAAUCAGACUUUAUUACCCAGUGGAGAUGGAGGUGGUUUAUUCUAUGGUUUGAGAGACCUCUUAAUUUCUGGAGACAAGAUUUACCAUGUAGUACUGGAUAACAUACCUGUUGAUAGAGAUGAUUAUAUUUUGAUAUACAUACAAGCAGGUUCAUCAAAUACAAGUACAGCUUGUAUACAUGAUUGUCCAAAUAUAAAUAUAACCUGUGAUGAUUGUCCAGCUCCAGGUGCAGCUAUAACAAAUAUAACAUGUGGUGAUUGUGGGUCUCCUUCUACUGCUUCAAGUAACAGUAACAACAACAAUGGUGAUGUUAUUACAGGACUAACAGUUGGUAUAAUAGUGGUAUCUUUACUUCUAAUCAUAACAUGGUUUAUUGGUGGUGUUUAUUGUAUCAGAAGAAAGAUGAAACGGACACAACGUUCGCAAGAAGGUCAAACUCUCCCGCGUCCUGUAAAUGCAUCAGAUACAUGUACGUAUGCAGGUUUGGUGAACAGCGUACCCGAUACCGUGAAUAACAGUGGACCGGAACACCAUUAUACAGGCCUGACGAAUAUAGACGGAUCAGAUACAAUGACUUUCAGUGAACCGCAAAACUCCACAGUUCCGAAUGUGACAGAACAUGGUUACAUUGCUCCGAGUAAUCCGAAGCAGGUUCAACCAGAAGCCCCUACCAAUGUUAAUUAUGAAAAUACCUUAGCCAACACAAAUGAACAGCGUUCUAAGGACAAUACAUACCUUAGCGUCAUAACUUGAACUUGACGCACUAUUAAGUCACACCGUUUGCGUGACACAUGGUAAUUGUAUGUAGGUCAAAGGGUUAUUUAAUUUAUUUAAGCUCAGUAUAAAUAGGUCAUGGUUGAACAGGGACAAGCACUUUGCCCUAUACUACUUAAAUUAAAAUACGUAUUUACAAAAUGCUUCAAUUGGCAAUAUAGGUGCCUUGUGGAAGUAUAGCCUUGUUUACAAGAUACUAUUUCAUCAGAAUAACUUUUUAAAAAAAACCAAAAGACAAAUUACAUUAAAACGAAUAGAUACACCCAACCCACUUUGCCCCCUGCUACUAAAAGCGACCAUAUUAAAGGAUUGAAAAGUUUAGUAUAAUUGUACAUAGCCAUUGAAUUGUUUACUAUACAAUAGAUUACAGAUAACUACAUAACGUCCAUAUUGUAAUAUAUUUUGAUGUCCAUAUUAGGUUACAGUGUUUGUAAUAUAUGCGGGAGGUACGAAGAACCCAGGUUCCAUGUACACAUUGGCGUACACGUACAAGAAUCACUGACAGUUGAAACUCAGUAUGCCCGUAAAGCCGCGGUUCGGGAAAAAUUUCAUUCUUAGCCCAGUGUAUGGUAUAUGACCGUCUUCAUUAGCCCAAUCGGAGCAUAACAGUAGGACGUUAAACCCCGUUUCAUAUUUACUUAUAUAUUAGGUUAGAUUACAUUUUGUGUGCAUGAUAACGAUAAGAGGAUACUUGUUGAAACGUCGUGAUUGUAUCCGAUAAAAACCGUGUUCUGUCCAUAAAAUGUCCAUAUUAGGAUAAUUAAAUUGUAUGUAAUAUAUUAAACAAUAUACUGUUCAUAUUAGGUUUGAUUAGAGUUGUUUAUAAAAUAUUAAACUUUAUACUGUCCAUAUUAGGUUUGAUUUAAUGGUCUGUAUAUCAAAUGUCCAUAUUAGGAAUGAUUAAAUUGUUUGUAAUAUUUAAGCUAUAUAAUUGUAUUUUCAUCAUUUUUGUAGACUGUGAUAUAUGUUUAGAUUGUAUACAAGUUGAACUUGUUGUUGGUAAAUUUAUGUAUAU